AAGACCUGUAAAGGGGUAAAUGGGGAAGAUUUUUAGCUUCCACGAACGACCAAUCCUUGUUCAUCCCAAGUUGUCAAUUCUUCAAUCCUAUUACUAUAAUCUCACAGCUGGUGUUUUUGCCUCAAAUUUACCUGAACGGCCACCAAAAGCUUUCAAUUAUACUGGCGUGGAUCCAUUAACAGAAGACAUGAGCACUGAGCUUGGACACAAGUUUCCUCAACCCGGAGAACCGUUCGAUCAUGUCCAUGGUCAUAACUUCUUCAUUGUCGGGAGGGGGUUUGGAAACUUUGAUGUUGUCACAGAUCCUGCAAGAUGCAACCUGAUCGAUCCUCCAGAAAGUAAUACAGUGGCAGUGCCAAAAGGGGCCUGGGCUGCAAUCUUAAUAAAGGCAGAUAAUCCUGCAGUAUGGUACAUAUAUUGUCGUCAUGAAGAGCAUGCUUCAUGGGGUCUGUCAACAGGCUUCAUCGUCCAAGAUGGUCCUUUCCCAUCUCAGGCUUUGCUAACGCCUCCUGAAGAUCUUCCCCCGUUAAGUGUUUCAGAGCUACUUUUGCAAACACAAUAUGAACAUAUAUAAGGAUAAAUAGCAGGAGACAUAGGACAGUACUUGCUAUAACUGAUAUGUAGCAUCGUAGCUUGUAAUGAGAUAAUUUCUCCAUAUGAAGCAAAAACUUGGGUGAUCUUGGAAGAUUCAUUUCAGAAAGGAAAAAUCUUGGGUGAUCUACUGAAGCCCAAGAAAAGAUGUCCUGUUGU